CGAGAAUAUAUGUAGAAACCAAUGUAAAAUGAUAAUUGAAUUUGAUAAUGAUGGUGAAUACUAUUUGGAUUAGUCAUCUAUUUUACAGUGUCAAAAGUUAGGUCUAUUUCAUGUCCGAUCAUCACAAGCCAAAUGCUUCAUAUCAAUAAAUUGUUAAAUGAAAAUAUUUUAUAUACUUCGAAGGUUAUAUUCACCCAAUUCGAAUAUUGGAUUCAUUUUGGAUAUCCCUGCAUAUAUGAGAAUCAAACUAACUUCUAUAGUGUACCAGGAAUCAGAAACAUAUAAAAAUUUACAAAUCCGAUAGCUGAAAAAUCAUUCUACGUUUAAAAUUUAUGAAGCAGUGAAGUGAAACAGAUGAUCAUGUGAAUUUGACUUUUGUCUACAUAUUUCGGUUUAUUAGUUAAUUAUUAACUAUGAAUAAUUUUACACUGAAAAAUUAAUUCCGCUUUUUACAAUGCAAUGUUGAAUUAUAAAAUUUACAACCGUUUUAACAACUUGUGCAUACAACACAUUCUACGUAAAAAUGAGUACAAUGAAGUGAAUUAAAACAGAUAAGAAACUGAAAUUGACUUUCAACGAGGCCUCGUUUAUUUGUUAAUCAAUACCUAUUAAUAAUCAUAGAUAUGAGUGUGUCUGUGAGUGUGUACAAACAAAAUAUAUGUAGGUUGGUGUUUCGUUAUAUGAAAUUUGAAUAUUCAAAUGUCAUAUCUCUGUAGGUGUGUCAGUUUAGAGGAAGCAAUCAAAAACAGUUAAAAAAAAGUCAAGAUAUACUAGACUAAGAUAACUUGUCGCUUGUCAGUGCUUAUUAUUAUGUAGCAAGAUGUGAAGUUUAAAACAGAAUAGUUAUUUUAUGUGAGUAAUUAACAACAAUAACAAGUCAUAAAUCACUAAAACAUUUUAUUCAAUCUUUUCUACAAUUUUGCAAUAAAAACAAAUCCUAUAUUACUUAACUAUUAUCAAUAAUUUGUUUACAUCAGUGAUUAUCUUAAUGAUUGUGUGCUGAUUACUUGAUUACCCAAUUGUUUAACUGUUUGUUCCCAACUCAAUAACACAUAAGUUCAGUGUUGGAAUUAUUUAGUGUGCAGAGAAUAGGUAGGCUACGUUUUGGCGCACUGUUUUUAUGAUAAUAGUACCAUUUCAGAGAAUAGAUAUGGCAGAUGGAAAAUGUGUAAAUAGUGGUUAAAAUCUUAAAUAUGGGAUGGUGCUGUGUAAUAUGUGGAUAUAUUUUUGUUAUAUCAAUCAUUCUAAAUGGAGAAGAAUUACGAAACACAUGGAUGAAGUUUUCUCCUCCAUCCAAUGAUCCUAUCCCAUUUCAAGUUGGAAUGAACAUAAUACUGAAAAUAUUUCUACUUGCUACAACAUUCACGUGUUAUUUUCGAUCGCUCGGUAUAAACUUAUCAAAGUUUUGCAUGUGUUACGCAAAUUCUUUUAUAUCAGCUGGAUUAGAUUUUCUGUACAUUAUGAAUCAAAGGAAGUCAGUGGUAAUGCAAAUAUCACUCGCAUUAACAUUACUGGGUAUUUCAAUUUCAAUGAUCGAAAACUGCUGCAUGAAGUCGGUUAAUAAUCACAAACCUGGAUCUCAAAAAUACGAAGCGAUAAAAGCAUGAAGAUACCAGAAGAUGAAGUAAUCAAAAUUCAGAAACAACUAAAGGUCAAAUAAAUGGACAUGAAGGUCAAAAGAUCAAUAUGAUCACUGUUAUGACUGAUCUCAGGAAAAUUCGAGCCAAAUUUCAGAAGAAUCGUACCGAAUGUUGUAUUAAUGUGUAACCAUGAGAUACAAAAACCAGAAAAUUUGGGGUAAAAUAUUGUGUCCUGUGAAACCAUAAAAGCUGAAGAAAAAAAACAAAAGAGCAAAACUAAAAUGUAGUGACAUGAAGAUCAAAGGGCUAUUUUGCAAUUUGUGAGAAAAUUGUACCAAAUUAGAAUUUAAACAAUUUGAAUAUUUUCAUUCAAAAA